GUGGAUUGCAUGGCAGGAACAGCAAUUUUCAAGAAACAACAAAAAACCAAAAACAGCAACACAGCUAAUUUGAAUAUAACUUUACACUCCAUACCAGCCAGCAUAUGUUGUUGUUUAUGGCUCCAACAACCACAAGUUGUAGAGUCAAACAGCAAGAAGUGCAACACUAACGACAGGCCUAUGAAAGAGAACACAAACAACUACUGCCACAACAGUAGUACAAGUUGCUGUACAACUGAUGACAGAAUUUUAACAAAUUAUAAUUACAACAUAGCAAAAUCUGUGAAGCAACCACAGCCAACAAAACAACGCCCCUUAACACUUAGUGUAGCCGUAAUAAUAAUGUCGUUAACCAUUUUAUUAAUACAAAUGCCAACAAUGGUACAGAGCAAAUCUAUUUACAUAGAAUCUUCUAACUCAGCCUCAGCUGAUUAUAUGGAGCCAGUAGCUGAAACAUCCGCCGAAUUAGAAUCCAAAUUAUUAUUAUCAUUGUUGGCAGAAGCACAGCCCAGAGAACAACAAUACAUUUCCUCUGAGCCAGAUGAAUCAGCCUCAUCAGCCUCUUUGGAUGAGUUGACAGCUAAGGAAGUGUUAAAGCAUAUACAGCGUACACAAGAACACCAAAAAGAACGCAGAAUGCGUUUGCGCAAACGUCAUGCCAGAGAUUUAGUGAUCACCAAUUAUUUGGAUGAUAAAAAUGGCCAAAACUUGGAGUGGAGAAAUCCCUGCAAUGUGGAUCAUGUAGAUAUGGAAGCAGAGACUCCUCAGGUUACCAGAGAGCAAAAGGAACUGUAUUUAAAAAAAUUUGAACUUGAUGUUUUGAUACAAUAUGAAUACAUUAACAACACUGCCAAUACGAUCUCAAUCAGUGAUAUGGCUCAGUGGGAUCUGCACGAAGACAUGUAUACAUUUUUGCCCAAAUUGAAAGCCAAUGGAAAUAUCGCUUUAAGUCGCUGGUAUCGCAAUAUGCAAGUUUAUGUGGCCUCAUUUGCACAUUUGGCUCGUAUACAGUACAAAUUCGACAUGAAAAAGCGCAUGUUUGCCGGAAACACCUCGGAAGAGUUAAAUAAAUUACUCAAAAGUGCCCGUUUCAUGUUGUGUGAGCUGGAAACCACCAUUAACGGCUCAGCGCCCAACAACAAUCUCAAGAAACUCAAAACUAUUAGCCGCAAAGCCAUGAAUGAUCGAUUAAAUUUUGAAACCAGACAUCAGCUCAACAAUAAUGAUCAUGUGGUGGAACCCUCUUCAAAGGAUUUGAAAUUUGCCAAAUCUUCGUACUUCCAGUUUUUGUCAAAUAUGCUGAAAAUUUUAAAUCAUAAACUACAAAAUAAGGGCAGAAAUAGUUCAGAGAAUAAUUUCUCCAAUACCAUAAUAGUGGGUGAUGAUUCCAGCAGUUGGGAUAACAAUUCCAUCUUUAAAAGUGAUUCCAGUCUGAGUGUGGGUGAAAGUAUUGAAAUACUUUUCAGAACCACCACCAAAAAACCCAACACCCACAGACGUCGCACACAUAAGAAGAAAAAUGCUAAACUGCCAGAGGCUUAAAAACUUCCACACUAAGUCGCCACUGUCUUCCCCAUAACAAGUUCCUAAAUCUACAAUACAACACAAUGCGGUUAUUAUUCCUUAAACGAAUUUUAAAAACCUUUUUCACAACGUACUUAAUUCCCAACACGUUUCUGCAGCACUGAAAAUUAAGUGUUCAUUUGAACAAUUUUGAAACAAAAAUAAUUCUAAUUCUGUUGCCAUAUGUUUCUACUAAGAGUUCUUUUGGCCACUUGGUUUUCGUUUAGUGUAAAUCUCUAUAUUAGUUUUAAGUUUUCUUAUUAACUCCUCCACACAAUCAUUUCACUUUUCAUUUACAUAUUUAUUUAUUUAUUACAUUCCAUUUUACGUAAAAAACUAUUUAUUGAAAAUCAUUCCAUUUCAUGUAAGUUUGUAAUUUAGUAUUAAGAACAAACGAUUACUGUGAUCAAUAUUGGAUUAUGCUAGCAAGUAUAUCUGGUAUUUACUUUUUUUUAAUUUAUUUAUUUAUUAAUAUUUAACAGAACGAAGUAUUACUUAAACGAACAAAUUAUAAAUGUAUUUAGCAAUUAAGUUUAUAUAUUAACAAUGAAGCGAUUUUAUUAAGCAUUUAAUAAAAGCGAAGAGAAACAAGAAAA